CGCCGGCCCCCGGCCCCCCGGACCGCAAGAGCUUCCUCUGGGCGCGCUAUGGGGAGAUGAAGCGGCUGGUGCAGGACUUGCUCCCGCCCGGGGUGUGCAAUCUCCUGAACCCUUCGACCAUCUAUGCCAACAACGAGAUCUCUCUGAGCACCAUCGAGGUCUAUGGCUUUGACUAUGACUACACCCUGGCGCUCUACUCUCCCGCUCUUCACUCCCAGAUCUACAACACCGCUCGGGAGAUCCUCGUGGAGCAGUAUAAGUAUCCAAAGGGCAUCCUGAAGUACGAAUACUGGCCCAGCUUUACAAUCCGGGGUUUGCACUACGACAUUGCCAAGGGCUUGCUCAUGAAGAUAGAUGCCUUUCACUACAUCCAGCUGGGCACCGUGUACCGGGGCUUGAAACCUGUACCAGAUGAGGAGGUGCUGGAGAUGUAUGACGGCACCCACCAUAUCCCCCUGCACCAGGCUAGUGGCUUCUACGGCAAGGGCCCGGCCAUCAAGCAGUUCAUGGACAUUUUCUCCCUGCCGGAAAUGACCCUCUUGGCCGUAGCCAACGACUUCUUUAUCAGCAACGACAUCGAUUACGAUCCCAUCCAUCUCUACAAAGACGUCACGGACGCCAUCCGAGAUGUCCACAUCAAAGGUUUCAUGUACAAGUGGAUCAUGCAGGACUUGGAGAAGUACAUCUUGCGUGGGGACGAGACUUACGCCGUGCUCCAUCGCCUGGCCGACAGCGGCAAGAAACUCUUCCUGAUCACCAACAGCCCUUUCAGCUUCGUUGACAAAGGAAUGCGGUACAUGGUGGGCCAAGAGUGGCGGGAAUUCUUUGACGUGGUCAUCGUCCAGGCAGACAAACCUCAUUUCUUCAACGAUUGUGUCAAACCUUUCCGGCGACUGGACAGCAACGGUGAUCUCCAGUGGGACAAAAUAAACAAGUUGGAAAAGGGGCAGGUGUACAAGCAGGGCAACCUUUUUGACUUCCUCCGGCUGACGGGUUGGCGUGGAUCCAAGGUCCUCUACUUUGGAGACCAUCUCUACAGUGACCUGGCGGAUCUCAUGCUGCGCCAUGGCUGGCGUACGGGAGCCAUUGUUCCUGAGCUGGAGACGGAGACCAAAAUGGUGAACACCGAGCAGUAUUCGCAAGCACUCACCUGGCUGCAGGCCUUAACUGGGUUGCUGGAACGUAUGCAGAUGUACCAGGACUCAGAAUCCCAGCAAGUGCUGAAGGACUGGAUGAAGGAGCGGCAGGAACUCAGAGCUCUCACCAAGAACCUCUUCAACCCUCAGUUUGGAAGCAUCUUCCGCACGUGCCACAACCCCACGUACUUCUCGCGCCGCCUGUGCCGCUUUUCGGACAUCUACAUGGCCUCUCUCAGCUGCCUGCUGAACUACGACCUCAACUACACCUUCUACCCGCGACGCACCCCGCUGCAGCACGAGGCGCCACUCUGGAUGGACCAGCUGUGCACCGGCUGCAUGAAGACGCCCUUCCUCGAAGAAAUGGCGCACAUCCGCUAGGGGCCAAGCAGGGGG